GACUGCGAUCGACGGCUGAGAAUGGAGCGAUGCGACGAGGACUGCACGACGCCGAAGCGCCGCGAGUGUCGGAUACCUGAGUCGUCCAUGUGUCCGCCGGCGCCGAGGAAGAAAGUGGCCGGGGAUCAAAACAAGAGGGACCCGCCGAAGAACGGCUACUUCCAGCCGCCUGAUCUCGAUUCUCUGUUCAAUAUGCUGCCCAGAACUCAAGUUUGCGCUUAGGUUUCAGGCAGUUUGAUAAUCAUUACACGAUGGUUUGGUUUUCACGGUAUAUAUUACUAUGCUUGUUUUGUUUUCCAUGACUGUUUUCUUCAAUUUCGGGUUGGCAUGCCCGAAAUUCUUCUUUUUUUAUAUAUUUUUUUUUGCGGUAAUGGAGAAGGAUGGGGAACGUUGCUGGGAUAAAUCGGAGUGGGUGUGGGAGGGAGAUGUGUAGACCUCAGGUGGGUCAUUUCUGAUGAAUAAAAGAGGUUGGUGGUUUGAAUCGAUUACCCUAAAAGGAAACCAAAACAUGCAGGCUUUGAAAGUACAUGGAAAUAAUAAUUGUGUCUGUGUUUGGUCACUUUGGUGAUUGUUAUCUGGUAGAGAACCGAAAGGAAACGUAAGCUUGUAUGGGGGAAUAUGAUUUUAAUAAUAUAAGAUUGGCCCUUUCCUUUUCUUUGCUCUA